AUGCGGACUUUGCAGGUGCACCCGGACAAGGGCGGUAGCAAGGAGGCUUUCCACUUGGUCUAUAAGGCCUUGGAGAUCCUCAGCGACCGGCGCGCGCGAGAAAAGUACGAUGCCUUGCUGGCUGCGCCUGGAGAGGCCUCCGUGCAAGCGCGGCCACGGCCGCAGCAGAAACGGAAGCAGAAACAGAAGCAGAAGAGAGACUGCCGGGUUCCUUGCAGGCCGAAGGCAAACACCAGGGCAGGGCCGCAUAGGGGUGCCGCGAGUCGGACGUUUCCGGCCAGAGUGCAUCGACUGUUGAGAAUGUUGCCGCGCGAGCUGCGGCAGGAGGUGAUCCGAAACUAUUUUUCCCAGAAGCAGCGGCUUCUGCUGGAGGAGUGGAUGCAGCAGGACCUGCCCAAGCAGCAGAAGCCAGCAGCGGCGGACGCAGAGCCAGCGGCCGCAGCAGCGGAUAUGCCAUCUCCGGCACACAGCGGCGCAGCAUUGAGUUUCGUCCAUGCAGCACACAGCGUAGGCCCAGCCGACAGUAGCGACGGCUCGGAAGACACGGCGUCGGACGAGUUCCUGUAUGCUUUAAAGGAUGUGGACGAAAUGGACGAAGCAGGCGAAGCGAGUGGCGCCCCGUCUCCUCGUCGCACAGGAUGCGUUCGAGGUAUCUAUAGAGCACGCGCAGCCAACAGGUACAGAGCCGAGUUUACCCUCCUGCCCAGAGUGAGGUGCAAGUCGGGGGAACGAGACAUGUCCACUGCUCUCGACUACCUGGUGUGCCUGGCAAGGGCCAAGGAGCUCCUUCAGUUGCAUGGCGAUCAAAGCGACUUGUCUCUUCAAGGACGAUUAGAAGAAGCCCUGGCGACUGCGGCGUCGGAGCAGGGUCGGACUGUGGAAGACAUGGCUCUGCGACUCAGAUAUCGGCAUUCGAGCAAUUUUUGGUUUGGCUCAACAAAGGAUGUCUAUACUCCCUACACCAGCCUCUCAAAGAUUGGGGCGAUCUACAGCAAGCUGGCGCAAUUCGACCACGAGAAGUUUUGGUGGCGGCGGGUCCCCGAUCCAGAGCACGAGUGGACGCGCUUUCAGGCGGCUUUUUCGGAGGCCUGCAAGAUUGCUGCGGAGGGCGACUUGGCCGUCCGGCGCGUACCCAGCAUUCUGUCUCGGGCCCAGGCACUGUACGAUGACAACGCCGCCCAUCGCAUGGAGCUGAAGCGGUGCUGGGACCGGAAGCUUGAGCGGAUUCAACAGCAGCGGGACCGGGAGUCCGAGCGGAACUGCAAGAAGACGAAGCAGCAUGAGUCAUUGCUCCGCUGCUGCCUACAGAGGUGGCAAGCUGUGUUGGAAAGGGACGCGGGUAGGGAGGCGCGGCGUCGGAAGCGCCUCAACUGGACGUUGCUCAAGUCACGCCAGCGGGCGUGGCGGCGGGAGCAGCAGAGGGAGGCGGCGGCGGUGCGGCAGAGACGGGCAGAGAUGCUCCGAAGAGGGACCUGCAAGGCAGAUCAGCAUGAUACUUUUGCUUCCUCCGGGAGGAGUGUGAGAUAA